AUGGAUCUCCCUUUCCCGGACAAGUUCUACCUCGUCUGCGCGUUCUGCGACCACCCCCCCGAGGGCGCGAACGGCAUCACCGAGGACACGCGCCUGCUCCUGUACGCGCUCCACGAGCAAGCGACGCGCGGCCCGUGCGUAGUCCCGCGCCCGACCGCGUACUUCUACGACGGCGACGACGCGAUCGACUGGGAGGCGUGGCGAUCCCUGGGCGACAUGAGCUCGCUCGAGGCGAUGCGACUGCACUGCGCCGCGGUGGAGCGCGAUAACCCGAACUGGUGGGCGCUUCUCACGAGCGGCCUCGACGACCAAAGCGUGCGCGCGAUCGUGGAGACGGCGAGGUCGUGCACGAGGGAGUACCAUGACGCGGUGCGAGCGGGGACGUUGGUCCCGCCGAGGCUGCCGGCGACGCGCGAGAGGAUCGAUCCGGCGGCGGCGGCGGCGGCGGCGCCGACGCGAGCCGUCGCGGCCUCCUCGUCCUCGGACGCGUCGUCGUCGUCGUCGUCGUCGUCGCUGAAGUGGAUGGACGCGUACGGUUUAGAGACCCUGCGCGCGUCCUUGGACGCGGUCAACGCCGCGGUGACGUACCCGUUCGAGCAGCUCUCGGCGGCGCUCGCGACGCCGGUGGGCCUCGGCGCGUCGGCGACGGCGUCAUCGACGGCGGCGACGACGACGCGGUCGCUGCUGUCGAAUUUAAGACUGACGCGAUCCGGGUCGAUGCCGUCGCUGCUGGGCACGCCCACGGCGACGCGGCGGAGCAACAGCAUGAUGUCGGACGUCAUCGAGACGGAGACGAUGAACGAUCUCGACGAGGCGGAGGCGCACGGGGUGAACCCGCCCGUCUACACGCCGCUCGACGAGAUCGUUCCCCUCGCGGUGUGGCGCGCGCCGAAGACGAACGGGACGGGCCCUAGGGCGCGGUACCAGCACUGCGCGUGGCGAAGAGGCGCGGAGAUGUGGAUCUCGCACGGCAGCGCGAACGGGCGGAAGCUCAACGGCGACGCGCACGUGUUGGACGUCGAGACGUUGACGUGGGGGGUGAGGGAGGAGAAGGCGGGCGGCGGCGCGUUCGCCGCCGCCGCGGCGGUCGCCGCGCCGGACGGGACCGUCGCGCUCGCGCUCGGCGGCGUGGAGAGGCAGAGCGACGGCGGCGCGCCGAAGACGGCGAUUCCGAUCAUCGCGCACCGUUGGCUGAACCUCGAGGACGACAGCGACGACGAGGACGACGCGCUCGCGGCGACGGCGUCGGCGUCGAACGCGAACGCGAACGCGACUUUGGCGCCGCUGCUCGCGAUGCGCGUCCGCGAGCCGAUCGAGUGGGUGGACGACGUGUACCCGUUCACGCCGUCGAACGGUUCGACCGCGGCGCCGAAAGGGCCGCGCCCGAGAGCGGCGCACUCCGCGAACGUGGUCGGUCGCGAGGUUCUCGUGUACGGCGGCGUCGCGCUCGCGCCGGGGGGCGCGAGGCUCCAAGGCGAGGAGGAAACGUUGGGCGACCUGUGGGUGUAUUCCAUCGACGACGCGGAGUGGCGAUGCCCGUGGCGAUGGGGGGAAGAUGGGGAGAAGGAGAAGGAGGGCGCGCGCGGCCCGACGCCGCGGUCGGGACACGUCGCGUGCGUGGCGAAGGACCGGUACCUCCUCGUCUUCGGCGGCGGCGCCGGGAACGUCCUCGCGUCGAACGAUCUCCACGCGUACGACUGCGAGACCGGGGCGUGGAUCGACGUCGCCGCGCGCGGGGAGGCGCCGUCUCCGCGGUCGGGGCACGCCGCGUGCGUCGUGGAGAACAGCUGGUACGUGUGCGGCGGCGGCGACGGCGAGCGGGCGACGCCGGAGACAUAUAGGCUGGAUUUCAGCGACAUCGACGAGAAGGUCGUAAGGUGGUCCGCGAUGGACCCGGGGACGGACGAGAACGCGGUGCGAGCCGCGGGGAAGGAGGGGUUAUCGCUGGUGCCGUUCCGAGGGAGCACGGGGGACUUUAUCCUCGCCUUUGGUGGGAGCGACGGGACGUGUUCGGACGCGUUGUCCGCGAUGCGCGUGAGCAACGUGGACAGAUGCCGAUGAGAGGCGGCGCACGUCGUCAUGAGAUACCUUCAGGUACCUUCGUAGUAGUCUACUUUCGAUGUUCUACUCGUCAGUCGUCGAUGAUGAAAGAAUGUCUUCAACCUAC